AUGGCUAUCGCUGCGGGCGGGUCAGUCCGGGGGAGAGGGGGCGCCCCGGGCUCCUGCGGCAGGAAAACAACGCGUCGUGGCGCCAAGUCCGCCCGCACCGGCAGAGCCCCGCCAGCAGCCCCGGGCGCGCUCGCGGGCAGAGGGCGCAGGGCCUCGGCGGGCCAGCGCCGCGGCGGGGGCCCGGGUCUCUGCGCAGCUCGGAUCCCGCCCUGGCGGCCGCACCUUAGCGAUCGCCGGGUGGCCCCGCGCGGGAGGGCUCGGGGAAGCCGGCGAGCCCCAGGCUCCUCCCGGGAGGAAGUUUGCGGCGAGUUGGCGGCUCCCCAGCGCCCUCCCCGCGCCGCAGUCCGGGAUGAGCGCGAGAGGGACACGACGUGCCCGGUGCUGGGGGCCCGGCUCGCGACACGAGGCCGCCCCGUGGACGACUGGCCGCCUUCCCGCGCUCCGGCCGCAUCCUCCGCCGCCCGCCCCUCCCCCGGGUACCGCGCCUCCCGGGGGGCGGGGCUGCGGGAGAGCACGUCCCUGCGCCGUGACGUCACAAUCCGGGCGCCGGGGCCCCGGCCCUUAGCAACCGGCCUGGCGACGGUGUCGUGCGGCUGCCGGCGCGCGCCGCCCCGUGUGCGCCAGUCCUCUCCGGCGGGGGCUGGCCCGGCCCCGGGAAGGUCCGAAGGGGGCCCGGGGGGUCCUCACGGCUGCUGCAAGAGGAUCUGA